GAUUGAAUCUCAACGAGGAGACGAUUGGACUGACUUUGUGAGUUUGUGAUGCAUCAUGGUGGAAAGAAAGGCUUGGACCAUCUCGGGACCCUGGCGACUGCACGGGGUCUUAGAUAAGUACUUCAGCGUCUGAGCGUGGUGGAGAGAGUGUGAAGUUGUGAUAUUGAUUGACUGCCAAUAGACGUCCAAUCCUAAUCGAGCGAUUACCAUAUUUUUCCGACGAUAAGGUACACUGGAUAUUGGGCGCAUUAAUGCAUCAGUGUAUGGCAUUUGUUAUUAAUAAGUAAUUACUGUUUUAUUUAUCGAUUUACUAUUUGUUUUAUUGUUUUAAUUACGUAUUUGAUGAACACAACCAGAAUUCAUACUUACGGUGUACUGGAUAAUAAGGCGCACUGUCAAUUUUUAGCAAAAUUUAAGUAUUUUUAGUAAAUAUACAGUACAAGAGAGUAAGCUCACCUCAUACAUGAUGGUGUUGAGAUUCUGCUGUCCGGCGCUGUGUUUGCUCUUGCCGCUAUCCUUCUUCUGUUCCUUGAGGUCAGUAAGCAGUCUGAACACCUGACAAAACAUUUGUAGAGUACAUAUUCAUUAGGGGUGUAACGGUACACAAAAUUCUCGGUUUUGAGGUCACGGUUCAGUUCAUUUUCGGUAAAGUAAGAAAACAAAAUGCAAAAUAUAAAUGUGCUAGUUGUUUAUUACACACCUUUGAGCGUUCAACAAUAGGAACAUUAGCCUAUACAAAGCUAGAAUUCAGCACAAAAAGUAGCGGGUAUUUACAGAUAAUCCAACAACAAUUUGCCUUUCAGACCCCGCGUAUUGGUCAGCUUUCUUUCUGAAAGAAGGAAAAAAAAAAGUCCUGUGCUAAAGAGAAAAGCAAUCCCAAUGACAUAGAUUUUAACAUGUAUUUUACAAAUGAAAUGCCUCAAUCAUUUUUUUCUUAUGAAUGGUUUUCAAAAGCUUUAUUGGUGGAUUUUUUUCAAGUUAAAGCGCCACACAGAAAUUAAUAAAUGUGUAAGCAGGAUCUGUGUAUUAUUCUUAUUAUUUAAUCACAGGUGUUUUAGCUAAUUUCAAUUUAUUUUAUUUAAAUGGGCUAUUAUUUAUUUUAUUAUGUGUUUAUAUUUUACAAACGUUAUGUAGUAUUCAUUUAUAUUGUAUAUUUUAUGUUGUAUAACUUUAGUUCCUAUGUGAAUAUUAGUUCCUACUUGUUUUGAUGUGGAAAGAGGGUUUUGUAUUGAACACGGGGCCGUGUUGGUUAUUACAGCAGUAAAUCAAAAAAGACAAGUCAAAUGGGCCCCGAUCUACCACUCAAGAGAUCUGACGGACUCAAAAAGUAGGUUACGAUCGAAUAUUAGUUUGAAAAUCGACCGGAUCCACCGUAUUUUUACACGAGUGACUUCUGGUCUGUCCGAUCCUAGCUACCGGUAGUAGUAUUGACGCAGGAGGGUUGCGUCUCGCGUCAAAUAAUAAACUCUGCAGUUCUUUUCGCGUGCGUCGUGUUGAGCCGCUUCUGGGACACGUCUAACACGCGGCCGCACUGCGACUGGUGUGCAUUGGCUGAUUGACUUUAACGCCCGCGUUUCACUGCGUUCUCGCGGCGGCCACGUUGUCGCGCUGUUGACGUUUCUGGGUUAUACUGUCGUACCGUGUUGGUCCUCAUUAUAGUAGAGAAGACGGAGUAAAUAUAAUCUACACAAAGAAACUGUAACCCGAUCGACUCAGUCUGGAAAAGUUAGGAUCACAUUGUGUCAGAAACUCGUUCAGUACGCCUCUGUUCCGAACCGAGCACCACGUACCGAAACGAUUCAAUACAAAUACGUGUACCGUUACACCCUUAAUAUUCAUUGAAGAACGAACUGCAGAAAUAUUUUUACCAAGACUUAAUUUUAGGCUGCACAAUGGGCUGUGUGACAUCAUAUCUGUAGCGGACAAUACAGUUUUACACUACAGGUUUACUGCAGUAUGAAAGCCAUGUAUUUAUAGUCAAGUGUACAGCUGAUUAUGAGCUUUAAAUUUUUUUCUAAUUUCAACAGCAAAACAAACAAUGCCACGGACAUUGUUGAAUUUCAAUGUGCAUAUUGUCAUCCUUAACCUGACUUGGUAUGUUGUACAAAAUAAACAGAGAGAUUAUGUGUGUCUGGGGUGGUGUGGCUCAGUGGUAGUUGUCCCCCAACCCAGAGGUUGUGGGUUCGAUUCUCUGCCUUGAUGAACUAGCCUAAGUAUCCUUGAGCAAGAUACUGAACCCCACAUUGCUCCUGGUGCUGCGUCACCAGUAGGAGAUGGCAAUGUAGUGUAAAGCGCUUUGAGCACCUUGAAAGGUGGAAAAGCACUAUACAAAUAUAACACCAUGUGUAUUGUUAAACGUCUGACCUGUUAAGUGCUCAUUUAAAAGGUUAUUGUGUACAUUUAUACAGACUAAGCAAGUGCCGGUAUGAUAUUCUGAUGGUAUGAUAACCUUAAGCCAAAAUAUCACGGUUUCACGUUAUUGCAAUUACAGCUCUAAAAUGUGUUACUUUGAGAUAUCUAGGUUUAAAAGAAAAAAAAAAAAAAAAACUUUUUUCUAUUUAACAGGAUUUUUAUUUUUCAAAAGAUAUUAGCAAAUUGGAGCUUAAGUAUAAAGUUAAAAUAAAUUUUAAAAAAUAACAAAAAAUAACUGAAAUAUUGUAAAUAAAAUAAAAAUAAAUGCAGUCAUUUAGGUGACCCUAAACCCACAGCCACAGCUCAACAUUAUUACCAACACAACAAAAUUAUUUUAAUUAUUUUCCAUAAAAAGCAUGUGUGUAUGACUCGUAUCAUGUUUACAUUAUACACACACUCUCUUUCUCAACAGACAGUUGCCAGAGAAAAAAAACACCACGUUUUACCACCGCUAGACACACUAAACACGCUGGAGUUAAGUCUCGUGGCUGGUGGGAAACGUUCAUGAGAGUGUUUACUAACCUUUAAUUUUGUAUAAAAGCCAAAUUAUAUUGGAGGUAUCGCCUCCACGGCAGCCACCCUCCGCAAACAUGUAUUAGAUGUCGGUUAGCCCUCCUCCUCCAAGCCGCGGCCGCCAGUAACUUUUCUGUAACAGAACUAUUCCCAUACCAGCGAUUUAGUUUUCUUCGAUGGGGUUAAAAAGUUCAGGAGUUUCACCUCCUCCAGCCAUUGUGUAGCACAGCUGGCUCACUGACACUGAGCAACAACCAGUGGGGGAGGGUUGAGCCUUGCAGCUGCAAGCGAGGGAUUUCUCCCUGCAUUUUUGGGACAUAAUAGCUAAUACCUUAGGGACGGUAUGACUGAUUUUUUUCGGAAUACCUUGAAACCAGUUAUCGGUCUAUGACUAAUAUGCCCCUUUCCCACUGAAACUAGUGGGUCAAUGCGUGUUUUUUCCAAGCCGAUGCAACCCACUAGCAAAUGGCAUUUGGCACUUUUCUCAUUGACAAAAAAAAGCCGUGUCUUUUUUUUUUUUUCACCCGUCUAACCCUCCAUCCCACCUCAGCCGUGCGUAAGGUUACGUGACGUCACCACGCUAAGAUGCGCGUCGACAAGUGCGACCAAAUUCAUUCAGUUCAAGGAAGUAAACAAUGCAGAGCAACAUGGAAGCCUCCUUCCUGUUUGUAUUCUCCGUUUGUGUGAGCUGGCGGGUCUCAUCAUCUUUCCAAUGCUGGGACAUGUUUUUCAAUGUGGUGCGCUACUGGCUCCUUCUUCUUCUACUAGCUUUGUUGUGACCAUCGACGUAACUACGGUUGUGGAGCGUGUUAAAUGGGAGGCAACUGGCAAGUUGUUAUGACGCAUCACGUAAGAGCCAACGUCACCACGUAGAUUUAGGGUGUUGACUGUUGACCCGGGGUUUUGCUUUCACACUGCAUGACGAUCAGAGCUGAGGUGAUUUUAACACUGGUCGAGGCGGGUCGCUGCACCUUUCCCACUGCCACCAAAAGCCAAUUGUUAGUGGGUUGACAUGGGUUUUUUUGGCCAGUGGGAAAGGGGUAUUACAGACACAAUUUUCAUUGAAUUACAAACAAAAGUAAAUAAUAAAAACAAAUUAGAACACCUUUUCUUACCUCAUAGUUGCUGAGCAUAGCAGCGUUAGCGUUUUUCCUAAUAAGAGAGAAAUGUGCAGAUAUAAACCAUGGAUUUAUGGUAUUCCAGAAUCUGGAUUGACAGCCAUCUUAAAUUGAGAUGCUUUUGUAAUUUGCUUCAAUAAUACUGACAGACGUUAAAUCGAACAUCACACUGCCUAAACAUAAAAGUUAAAAUAUAUACUACUCGUGUAUAAUUUCAACGUUAUUAACUUUAAUUUGGUAAAUGUACAAGCUUUUAGUCAGCUUUAUUCACGUCGAACGAAGAAAAGUAAAGUCUAGUAUUCUGCAUUAUUACCAGCUGUUAGGGUAUUAAAUACAGCUUACAUUCAGACUGAAAUAAUCCUUAAAGCCAUUGAAUAAAAGAUUAAACUGUUUGACUUACACCUCCAUAUUGCCUGCUUGCCUGGCGUUUUGGUCCUACACAAAAGGAGUCCGUGUGAAACAAGACGUUUUUUAAUUUGUUUCCUUUUUUACAUUCGCUGCUACAAAUAGAUUAAACAUAGAAACGAAACAAUUUUUACCUGGGGGGAAAUCUACACAAUACUGUGAUGAAGGCAUUUGUUAGUUUUUGUCGUGAAGAUGAAAAACGAGGGUCUUUUUAAUGGAAAUGUCCCAGGAUGCAUUUCACCCAAACAAGUUACACGAGCGCAGCUUCUAUCAACUCGAACGAGAGACCAUCAUUCGACAUGACUGCAGAGGGGUCCAAGCUGUGGGGCGGACGAUUUGUGGGUGCCAUCGACCCAGUGAUGGAACGCUUCAACUCAUCCGUGGCGUAUGACCAGCGGAUGUGGGACGCCGACCUGAGAGGCAGCAAGGCCUAUGUGAAGGCUCUACACAAGGCCGGUCUGGUCACUGGAGACGAAAUGGUCAGCAUUCUGCAAGGCCUGGAAAAGAUCAGUGAGGAGUGGAGCAAAGGUGUGUUUGCUUUAAAAGACGGUGAUGAGGACAUCCACACUGCCAAUGAACGCAGACUCAAGGAGUUGAUUGGCGUAGCUGCAGGGAAGCUGCACACCGGCAGGAGUAGGAACGACCAGGUGGUGACCGACAUGCGUCUGUGGCUGCGGGACGCCAUCGCCACGCUGACGGACAACGCCCUUCUCCUCAUUUCUGCCAUGGUGGAGCGCGCCGCGGCCGAAAUAGAUGUCCUGUUUCCUGGUUACACCCACAUGCAGCGAGCUCAGCCAAUCAGAUGGAGUCACUGGAUCCUGAGUCACGCCGUGGCAUUGCGGCGGGAUGUCGAGCGGCUACAGCAGAUCAGGAAGCGCGUCAACGUCUUACCUCUAGGCAGCGGCGCCCUCGCUGGAACGCCGUUUGCCAUUGACAGGGAGCUUCUAAGGACAGAGUUGUCAUUCGACGAGAUCAGUUUGAAUAGCAUGGACGCCACGGCGCAACGAGAUUUUGUCGCGGAGUUCCUGUUCUGGGCCUCGCUGUGUGCGACUCAUCUGAGCAAGAUGGCGGAGGACCUUCUGAUGUACAGCACCAAAGAGUUCUCUUUCAUCACGCUGUCCGACGCUUACAGCACAGGCAGCAGCUUGAUGCCCCAGAAGAAGAACGCUGACAGCCUGGAACUGAUCCGGAGCAAAGCGGGACGAAUCUUUGGCCGAUGCACAGGCUUCAUGAUGACCCUGAAGGGCCUUCCCAGCUCCUACAACAAAGACCUUCAGGAGGACAAGGAGGCCAUGUUUGACUGCUACGACACCAUCCUGCCCGUCCUUCAGGUCACUACAGGAGUCAUUUCCACGCUAAAGAUAAAUAACGACGCCAUGGAGGCUGCGCUCAGUCCUGACAUGCUGGCCACCGAUUUGGCCUACUACCUUGUGAGGAAAGGGGUGGCGUUCAGGGAUGCCCACGCACUGUCAGGUAAAGUAGUCUUUGCGGCUGAAUCCAAAAAUGUUGCCUUGAACCAGCUCACCUCAGAAGACCUCAAGGAAAUCAGCCCGCUGUUUGGAAGCGACGUGUCAUCGGUGUGGGACUACACGUCCAGCGUGGAACAGUACGCAGCGCCGGGUGGCACGGCCAAGAGCAGCGUGUCCGCUCAGAUACACCAACUGCGCGUAUGGAUGAAUCAACAAAAAGCGCAAGCAUAAAAAAAAAAACAACCUUGAUGCAUGCUUACUCUGAAUCAAGUUUACUGAUGCCAAAUAAAUGACUAAAAGUCUUUGUGAUUGUGGCAAAACAACUGUGGCUGGAAAUUUUAAUUAAACUUAAUAUUUGGGGGGGGG